AAAGACGCGGUGUCUCCGCGGCAGCUGGGAACUCUCCUCACACGCCAGGUUGUGAUUGGAGCUUCAUGCCUACAACACCUGCUGAGGAAUCACCCAGCAGAAAAUCUUAUCAAAAGUGACAAGACCAAGAAAUGGAAAUGCAACUCUUGGGAAAGCAGUGUGUCAGUUGUUUUAGAACUGGCUAAAGAGACAAAAAUCAGUGGGAUUGACAUUGGGAAUGAACACUCGGCUUUUGUUGAAGUGUUGGUUGGCAGAUCAAGUACUCCAAAUAAAGAUUUCCAAGUCCUGCUGGUGGCAUCGUCCUUCAUGUCCCCGCUGGAGUCCCGGGGCGGGACCAACGCGAACCGCGUGCGCAUGUUUGCGGGCGACCAGCUGAGCAAGCCGGCGGCCGAGCAGAAGUGGGACAGGGUCAAGGUGGUGUGCACCCAGCCCUUCAACAAGCACGUCAAGUUCGGGCUGUCGUUCCUCGCCCUGCGCGCCCCUGCUUCCAGCGAAGACUCCCAGGGCGCGUCCGGCAGGAUCGGGCAGUUCGUCGUGAAGGAUUGCGACGACGUGAUACCUGUCGGGAGCCUCUUUAAGAAACGCAAGCAGCUAGGCGAUUCCCAGCCACUUUCAGGCGCGGCGGCAAUAAGAGAGGCUUCUAGUCCUGCAGCGCUGGCCAAAGCAGCGUCAAAGCCAGCGAAGGGCAACCCCCAGGAGUCUGACAUCUCGAAUGGUGAAGGAAAGGCUAAUGCUGAAACCAAAGAAAGAAUCGGCGGUAGCAAAGCUUCGGACGAGAGCUCUGAAGACGGCAAGGCUUCGUCGUCCAACGGGAAGGUCGUGAGUGCCGGAAGGAAACGCCCGGACGACGGUGAAGCCGAGACGGCGAAGGGGUCGAAGAGGGAGGUCGACCCCGGGACCUCGCGGAGGGCCAAAAAGCCGCGGCCGGGGCCGGAACCCGCUGCCGAGCGGAGGAAACCUUUCGAGAAGUUGCUGGAAGGGGUCAUGUUGGUGAUCAGCGGCUAUCAGAAUCCCCAUCGCAGCAACGUGAGGUGUUUCGCGUUGGAAAUGGGCGCAAAAUACCAGCCUGACUGGACGGACAGAUGCACCCAUUUGAUUUGUGCUUUUCAAAACACACCCAAGUUCCGGCAGGUGAAAGGCAAAGGCAAAAUUGUAACAAAAGAAUGGAUUGAGGAAUGUUAUAUACAACGCAAGCGAUUACCGUGGAGAAGGUUUGCUUUGGACAAAAAGGACAAGUCAAAGAAUGAAAGCGAGGAUGAAAUACUUGAACUCAAAGAUGAACCAGAACAUUCAUUUUCAAGGGGAAAUGAGAGAUUAAAGCCUAAAUCUGGUUCGGACACAGACGACGAUAUCCAGAUAGUGCAGGUUGUUGGCCCUGGCAACAAAGACGGCAGCAACAACAGCGUGUGUUGCACAGACCCUUACGAUGACGACACGGAUGUGGACAGCGACACGGAUGGGACAAAGGAGAACCACCCAGACACCUCUCACAUGCCACUGCCGUUCCUGCCAACUAUGUUCGAUGGGAAAACCUUCUACCUGAGCGAAGAUCUCGGCAAAGAGACAAGAAAACAGUUGCAGCGUUACAUAAUUGCGUUCAAAGGAAAAGUUUUGGAAAGUCUGAGUGCGGAAGUGCACCUUGCAGUAGCAAACUCGAGAAAGAGCAUAAAGGAGGUCGAAAAGUACCCACAUGUUACUGUCGUACGAAGCAGUUGGGUGUGGGCGUGUAAUGAUGAAGGAAUGCUCUUGCCCACUUCAAAUCACCUGUUAUAGUGCUACAAAAUUUCUCUCAAAUCUGUGAAGUAUUGGGUUGAACUUAUUUUUUACAGAAAUUUCUGUUCCUAAAAAAAUACAUUGUCAGCAUGUGAGAGUUUGUAAAUUUAAAGAUUUUCAUGUUUUUAUAAUACAUAUGUACCUGUAUGUUCAUAAUUCAGAAAUACAUGGUUUUCCUAUGGAA